UGGCUGGACUCGGCCGCCGCUGUGGUGUGAGGCGCGUGUUCGGGCUCUCGCCGUCCCCGCACCCGCACCGCGGCUCCUGCCUUGCGGCCAGCCGUUCGCCAGCCAGCCCUCGGGCCCCCCGCCCGCCACGGACAUGCCCCGCGUCUACAUAGGACGCCUCAGCUACAACGUCCGGGAGAAGGACAUCCAGCGGUUUUUCAGCGGCUACGGCCGCCUUCUCGAAAUAGACCUCAAAAAUGGGUACGGCUUCGUGGAGUUCGAGGACUCCCGCGACGCCGACGACGCCGUUUACGAGCUGAACGGCAAGGAGCUCUGCGGCGAGCGCGUGAUCGUGGAGCACGCCCGGGGCCCGCGCCGCGAUCGCGACGGCUACAGCUACGGAAGCCGCAGUGGUGGAGGUGGAUACAGCAGUCGAAGAACAUCUGGCAGAGACAAAUAUGGACCACCUGUUCGUACAGAAUUCAGGCUUAUUGUAGAAAAUCUGUCUAGUCGUUGCAGUUGGCAAGAUUUGAAGGAUUUCAUGAGACAAGCAGGUGAAGUAACUUAUGCGGAUGCUCACAAAGAACGCACCAAUGAAGGUGUGAUUGAGUUUCGCUCCUAUUCUGAUAUGAAGCGUGCUUUGGAUAAACUGGAUGGUACAGAAAUAAAUGGAAGAAAUAUCAGACUCAUUGAAGAUAAACCACGAACAAGCCAUAGGCGGUCUUACUCUGGAAGCAGGUCAAGGUCACGGUCUAGAAGGAGGUCACGUAGUAGGAGUAGGAGGAGCAGCCGCAGUAGGUCUCGAAGUAUCUCAAAAAGUCGUUCCAGAUCCAGGUCUCGGAGCAAAGGGCGAUCACGUUCCCGAUCAAAAGGCAGGAAAUCUAGAUCAAAGAGCAAGUCUAAGCCUAAGUCUGAUCGGGGCUCCCGUUCUCGCUCUCGAAGCAGAUCUAAGGAUGAGUAUGAGAAAUCUCGAAGCAGAUCUCGUUCUCGAUCUCGUUCCCCCAAAGAAAAUGGAAAAGGUGAUAUAAAGUCAAAGUCUAGAUCAAGGAGCCAGUCUCGUUCCAACUCACCCCCACCUGCUCCACCCUCUAAGGCUCGUUCUGUGUCCCCUCCACCAAAAAGAGCUUCAAGGUCACGGUCAAAGUCAAGGUCACGGUCCAGAUCGAGUUCCAGAGAUUAACCCAGAACUCCAAGUUCUUUGCACACUAUUAUGGAACACUUUCCUACUUAGGCAGUUACUCUUCCAUAUUUGUACUUGGCCUCUUCUACAGGAGGAAUCUCCUAAAACCGAAAUUUGAUUUGUGGCCAAAUUGGGUGGAAAAGAUAAGGUUCUAAAGAAAUGGUGGCAUGAAGUCAGAGACCUCCCUUCUUUGUAGAAUUAAGAUAACUUUGAUUUUAUAGCUUUUGAGCUAAAAUAACUUUUGUAAAGAUUAAGCUCAUUUAGAUUUUUUUUAAGUAUUUCAGCAGGAUCUGCUGCAGGGGUUUUGUUGUUUUAUUUGUUUGCUUACUUUAAAUUAACCGUUUCAAGCUUUGAAUACUUAAGGCUUUAGAGGGAGAACCAAAUUUUCAAUUAUGUUGGCUUUUUAUAAAGCUUGAGUUAUGUAAGAUUUCAAUAAAAGUUUGCUACCAA